UUGACGUCAGGUCCUUAAAAGUCCUGUGUACAUAUGUAUAUAAUAACGUUGAUGUGUCGCUUAAAUAUUUUAAACGUUUUAAUACUUUUAACACGAUAACUUGCUGUCUAUGUAAAUUUAUUUUAAUAUAUUUAGUAUAUAUGCCGUCAUUUUUAUUUCAUUUUCGUCCUUUGGCGACGAGCAACGUUUCGAACGUUUGUGUGUACUUUUUUAUUAAUUUUUGUUGUUUCUUUUGAUCACGUUUAUAUGUUGCGACUAAGUCCUUAAGGAUGUCACGAAUGGCACUGUUUAAUCCUGCGAGUAAUGACACUAACAAUAAUGAUAAUGAUAUGGACGACUCUAAAGCUGUAACCAUUUACAGAUGUAGAGCACCAAUAGCUAGUUUGGAUUGCAUGGAAGAAUUUAGCGCUGGUAGUGCUGGUGCUGUUGCAUCUGGUCGACCGAUUGAAAGUAAGGAACGCCUUCUUUUAAGUGGCCUGUCUUAUUCUUCUUCAGAGAAUCCUUACCAAUUAACUAAACAAGUAUCCUUACCACCUGGACUUCGGUAUCGAAAUCUUGGAAAAAGUGGCCUAAGAGUCGCCAACAUUGGACUAGGUACUUGGUCGCUUUUUGGGUCAGGUCUGACCAGUGAAAAAAUUGAGGAGAUAAUCACCAUGGCGAUGAAUAAUGGGAUAAACGUUUUUGAUCUUUCAGAAGCUCAUUCUGGAUCUGGUUCUGAACUUGAAUUGGGACGAAUUCUUUCGCGGAAAAUGUGGAAGAGAUCUAGUUAUAUUAUUGUAACUAAGAUAUAUUGGAGCACCAGAUCAGAAGAAAAAGGAUUAUCUCGAAAGCACAUAGUCGAAAGCGUUAGAGCGAGCUUGAUGAGAUUACAGUUACCUUACAUCGAUAUCGUCAUAAUUCAUAAGGCCGAUUCUAUGUGCCCAAUGGAAGAGGUCGUCAGAGCUAUGCAUUAUAUAAUUUCGCAAGGAUGGGUGAUGUAUUGGGGCACUGCAAGGUGGUCCCCCGUGGAAAUAAUGGAGGCCUAUACUAACUGUCGACAAUUCAAUUGUGUAACACCGAUCGUAGAACAGACGGAAUACAACAUGUUUUGUAGGGAGAAGACCGAGUUACACAUGCCCGAACUGUACAAUAAAAUUGGAGUAGGAGCAAUGACAUGGGGUACGACAUCCAUGAUUUCUUCAAUGGAUAGAGACGACAGAAGUAAUUUCUUCUCGCGGUACAAUUUUAAAAAUAAAAACACUUCAUUUUCUUGGACAGAAGAUGAAGCAGCAAUUAAUAAAGAGAGUUGGAAUUGGUCUAAAGAUCGAAAUCAAUUAGACAAGGGUAGGAAAGUUUCGGAAAAACUUCAGGAAUUGAGUAUCCUGUCGGAAAAAUUGGGAUGUUCGGUUGCUCAGUUAUGUACUGCCUGGUGCCUCAAAAAUGAAUCUGUUCAUUGUUUGCUUUUGGAAGCUGCGUCGGAAGAGCAAUUAUUUAGCGGCAUUCAAUCUCUUCAGUUAAUUCCAAAAUUAAGUGCCACCUUGAUGGCAGAUAUCGAAAGAAUUUUGGAUAAUAAGCCCACUCGACCCCCAGCAAUUUCAACCCUGGUGCUUCGGUGACAAUCGAUGUGCCCUUCGCCGUCCGCCAAUGCGGUGGCUGAGGGCUGUAGCAACGUCGAGAGUCCGAAAGAAGAAGAUUUUGAAAGUAACGAAAUGGAAUACAAAGUUAGCCAAAGAAUUCCGUUUUGUGAACUGCAGUGACAAAAAGGGUCCGAGUUCUCUGCAACUCGUAAAAUCGCAAAAUCCGAUUUGAACUUGCCAAAGGGCAAGAUGAAGUGGACGUACAGCUCGGAAGAGGGACCUAAAUGCAUUUUCAAACCGUAUUCCGAAAAGAAAUCUUAAUAAUAAUAAUAAUAAUGCGUCUAUUUCCUUCGGCCAACGAACGAAGAAAAAAGUUAGAUAACAAUAAAUCCUGUGUAUAACUCUUUCUUGAGUCUUACGAGUAAAUUAACGAUAGUGAUUUUACUUAGAUAACGCAAAGUAUUCAUCAAUAAUUACAAAAUAAACGAAUUGAUAUAAGCUCAA